AUGCAAUCAAGUCUUGCAGUCCCUGAAAGACUUUACCUAUCUCAACAGGUAUCCUCAGAAUCUUCUAGAAAUUCAAGACCUAUGACACUGCCAGAUAAAUAUGAUGACUAACAAACUCACCCUGUGAGUCCAAAAAUGCAGCGAAAGGAACGCACUGUGUACACUAAAGAACAAAAGCACAAGCUGCAAGAGUAUUUUGAUAACUGCCAGAAACCUAACAAGGAGCAAUGUGAGAAGCUGGCAUCAUUGUUUCAUGUGACAGAAAAGGAGAUCCAGACCUGGUUCAAGAACAAUCGAGCUAAGUACAAGCGGAUGAAUUUACAGAAUAGUACAGAAACUCUACCAGAGACAAGUGGAAGCCCUGAAGCUGUUUUAGAAUCAAUCCAUUUUCCUGGUUCCAUACCUCUUGUUGCCACUGACAAUGGAGAGUCCAUGCGUUCAGCCACAUUUGGUGUGCAUUCCAUUGCCAAACUCAACUGCAACCAGGUAUCCUCUCUGCCUCAUUAUCAGUCCUGUGAUGGUGACAGGUAUAACCAGCAAGAUGCCCUGGUUGAUGGCUGUGUUCCUGUUACAGCUGGGGACUCUGGUCAAUCCCCAGCAGUUGAAGUCCAGACUGACCUAGGAGUCGCUGAAGCUCCAGUUGCCCUGGCAGCUGGUACCCAAGUCACAGAGGAUGCUCAAUGUCCAGGUCCAUCUGCAGAGGAGCUCUGGCAAAGGAUUCUUGAAGACUUUGACAAAUCUGAUGACUGGCUUAGUAUGAGAUAUAUCCCAAGUCCAAGUUACAACUCCCAGCCUCUAGACCAGUCCUGGACUACACAGCCAUGA